UCUCUAUCCAGUCCAGAAGCUCCACCGGUUUAUCCAGCUGAGUAGGUCUCCAAUCGAAUCCAGCUGUUCUAGAUGCUCCUCAUUAUGCCACUCCACCCGUCAGAAUAGAUGUAACGGACGUCAUAUAACCCCUCAUGAGGAGGGGUUAAAGAAAGAAAACCAGCAACUGCAAUGCGGCAUGUCCUUGUAUCAGGCUUCAGGGAAAAGCUAUAAAGCACUGCUUCCUUCUUUACUCGGUCCUCAUCACCACUAUCCAGAUUGUCCAAGCUUCUUCAGCUCAAUUAUAUCUCCCAUCAUGGUUAAGAAUGGCUCUUACUUCGAUUUCGUGGUUGUCGGUGGCGGCACGGCAGGUAACACCGUCGCCGGCCGUCUAGCAGAAAACCCCAAUGUUACCGUCCUUAUUGUCGAAGCGGGCGUUGGAAAUCCUCUAGAAGUCGAGGAGAUCACUACGCCUUCUUCGGCCAUGGACCUGCGAAACAGCAAGCAUGACUGGGCGUAUAAGAGUACGAUGGUCAAGCGCGACGACUACGAACGAAUCGAAAAGCCCAAUACCCGUGGUAAAACGCUCGGUGGUAGUUCAUCCCUGAACUAUUUUACCUGGGUCCCCGGCUGCAAGCCAACCUUUGAUAUGUGGGAGGAAUAUGGCGGCGAAGAAUGGACAUGGGAUCCCCUUGUCCCCUACCUCCGGAAGAGCGCAACCUACCAUGACGACCGUGGUCUUUAUGAGGCCAACUUGUCCAAGAUCGGAGCAGGUGGCCCUAUCCACAUCUCUCAUGCUGAGCUUCUUGACGAGAUGGGGCCCUUUCGUGACGCUGUCACUAAGGCGUGGACGUCCCGCGGCCAUAAUCUUACCGAAAACAUCUACGAUGGUGAAAUGAUUGGACUCACUCACUGCUGUGACAGUAUUUACAAGGGCGUGCGUUCUGGAAGUUUCCUCUUCGUGCAGGACAAGCCCAACAUUACCAUCCUUCCUCAGGUUCACUCGAAGCAGUUGAUUAUCAACGAGGCAGACCGCGUCUGCAAGGGUGUGACUGUCAUCGACCCCUCUGGUAACGAACUCAAAUUCUACGCCAGCCGUGAGGUCAUCCUAUCCCAGGGUGUCUUUGAGACUCCGAAGUUGCUCAUGUUGAGUGGCGUUGGUCCCUCUCGCGAGCUGACAAACCAUGGCAUUAACACGGUUGUUGACUCGCGCCACGUUGGCCAACACCUUCUUGACCACCCGGGUGUGCCCUUUGUGCUUCGCGUCAAAGACGGCUACGGCAUGGACGACCACCUGCUACGCAAAGGCCCUCAGAAUGAUGCGACCAUUAAGGCCUACAAUAAAAACCACACGGGACCCGCCGCCUCUGGACUCCUGGAGCUAGUUGGUUUCCCGCGAAUUGACGACUAUCUCGAGAAAGACAAGGAGUACCGCAAGGCCAAGGCUGCCAACGGCGGCAAGGACCCAUUCUCGCCAUACGGACAGCCCCAUUUCGAACUUGACUUUGUUUGCAUGUUCGGCAGUGCCUUUCAGUGGCACUAUCCGGUCCCCAAACAGGGCAACUACCUUACUGUCGUCGUCGACCUGGUCCGUCCAAUCUCCGAGCCUGGAGAGGUGACUUUAAACAGUGCCGAUCCCUUGGUCCAGCCAAACAUCAACCUCAACUUCUUCGCCAACGACCUCGACAUCAUCGCCAUGCGGGAAGGAAUUCGAUUCAGCUACGACGUCCUCACCAAAGGUGAUGGCUUCAAGGACCUAGUCGUCGACGAAUACCCAUGGGAAAUGCCGCUCGACUCGGACGAGGAAAUGAAGCGGGCAGUUUUGGACCGGUGCCAGACUGCAUUCCACCCUUGCGGUACUGCUCGGCUGUCGAAGAGCAUCGAGCAGGGUGUUGUUGAUCCCAAACUGAAGGUUCACGGCAUCAAGAACCUUCGCGUUGCGGACGCCUCUGUUGUCCCCGUGAUUCCGGAUUGCCGGAUCCAGAACUCGAUCUACAUGAUUGGUGAGAAAUGUGCGGACCUGCUCAAGGCAGACCACAGGGAUCUUUUCGAAUAAUUGUUUAGUGACCGUGUACGGGGUAUAAUGAACAUAAAAUCUACUUCUUGUCUUUUACUCCUACGGUUGCCACCAACAUUCAUUCAUAGUACCAAGAUUCAAAAAAGCUUGACUUGUAGAUCUUGACCCACCCUGAUCGGUGGCUCGAUUAGGAAAUUGUACUUGGCCAAUCACGUUUACUUCGUCUAGAUGGGAUGGGACAGCCAUGGGCUCUGUUUGAUAGUGAUGUCAGCCUGCGGGGAAAUUUUAUGUAUGGCCUUGAAGCAUAACGAAGG